UAGUGACGUCACGAGAUCCCGCCUGUAAAAAUCCUCAGCAUCCAAGAGAAAACAGGAAUAAAAAUAAAGGCAGACGAAGGGCAUGAAGGAUGUUGAGCGUCGCGUUUCACCGCCACCGGGUGAAGACACACAAGUAAUUAAACGAUUAGAAGAAAACGUGCAAACAGAGCGAAAUUAAAAUACGGCGGGGAGAAAAAAGAGAAAGAGAGACACAGAGGAAGAGACAGACAGAGAGAGAAAGACUUCCUUCCAUAGCAUCGUCCUCGAGCGCCGAUCAUCCAGAGCUGAAGGGAGAGCGCGGGACACGGCGCUGCCAUGGAAUUAAAGAAAUCCAUCUCGGAGACGGAGCGGACCCUGAGGAGCUACGGCGCCCUGCUGCAGACCGAGCGGAGAGCGGACACAGGGCUGCAGGACGUGGUGUCCAUGGCUGAGUCUUCCGUGACACCAGAGGAGAUCGAGGUGGAGAUGGCACGAAUCCAACGGCUGAGGGAGGUCCUCGUGCGCCGGGAAUCAGAGCUGCGGUUCAUGAUGGACGAUAUCCAGUUAUGCAAAGACAUCAUGGCCUUGAAGCAGGAGCUUCGGAAGAUUGUGGCCAUCCCAGAGAAAGAGAAGACAAAGAAGCACAAGCAAAGGGAGGAGGAACUGAUCCUCACAAUCCACAAACUCGUCCAGAAGCGGGACUUUCUGGUGGAAGAUGCUGAGGUGGAGCGGCUAAGGGAAAGAGAAGAGGAUAAAGAAAUGGAUGAGUUUCUGAAGCGUAAGCUGAUACCUCUGGAGAAAUUAACCAAAACGACAGAAGGCUCUCCAAAAAAGAAGAAGGCAACACCUGACCCUCCUGCCAACAAGCCCUCCAUUGCCAAGACGGGAGCCGCUCUCAUCAAGGACUGCUGCGGGGCCACACAAUGCAGUGUCAUGUAGCCACGUCAUGCCACAGGCCGGCCGGCACCUGCAAAGGCAGAGGGUCGUGACCAGUUUAGGGGG